CUCUCUUAGAUCACACACAUCUAUCUGAUGCAGAUAAACACACGCUGCUGUCACUCACACAUCAUAAGGCAGCAGCUGCACACGGCAUCAGCGGUCGUCCUGCGUCGCUCCAAGUUUCUCAGUGAAGAAUAAAUCAGAGCAACAUUAACGGCACAUUGAUGGACACUGAUGACAACAUCCAUGAUAAUAUAAAAACAGUUUCAUCAUGGCUGAUCGUCGCCAUCUGCUUCUUCCUGACACCUGUUGCCAUCGCUGCUGUUUCCUCUCUGGUGAAGAAAGACAACGUUGCUCCGAUCUUCGUCAUCAACCUCCUGGUUUCUGACGUCAUUCAGCUCUGUGGCAUGAUCAUUUUGCGGACAGGACAAGGAACUGUCUUUAUUACUGGGGAUUGCAUGUACACCUUCGGUCUUUCAGCCAGUGUGGGCUUCAUGCUGUGCAUCGCUCUGGAAAGGUAUCUGGUCAUCGUCUGGCCGCUGUGGUACCGAACCAGACAACAAGUCAAGAUGUUGCUGCUGCUCUGUGCUGCGGUCUGGACUCUGGCUUUGGUUCUUGUCUUCGUUUUUUAUUGGAAUGUAUAUGUUUGGGCUGGUUUGUACCAUACCAUCUUUGGCGUCCUCCUCCUCCUCCCGUUCCCUCUGCUCGUGUUCUUCCUGGUUGGGACCCUUAGAGCCUUGUCUGCCUCCAUCAGUGUUCGUGCUGAGGAAAAGCGGAGAAUCGUUGGACUUCUGGUUCUGGUGCUGCUGAUUUACACACUGCUGUUCCUGCCUCGCAUCAUUUUGUUCUUGGUAGAUCCUCAUGAUUAUAAGCUGAAUGUUCUUGCUAUACUUUUCAAUAACCUCAAUCCCAUUGCUGACUUGUUCAUGUACAUCUUCCUCAGAAAGGGGGCUGUGAACCACGUUUGUUUCUGUCUCUGUUGUUGCAAAAAGAACAGAACCAGUCAUCAGUCGUCCAGUGGUUUGAAUGAUUGUGACACAGUCACAAGUUUGUAGUCAGACAAUGAAACACUGGGAAAUAUUCUUGGCUUGUAGUUUUCAUCUUUUGUUAAAUAUUUAGUUUUGAUGAGUCUAGAGCUAAACUACAUCAAGCAAUAAACAGGCGUCAGUGUCACAGAGUUGAGAAACAUCACAUAAAAUAUUAAAUAAUAGCUUAAAAUAAAUACAUUGUGUGUGGAAACAUUUUGUUUGUUUGCUGGAAUUUGAGUGUUUUACUGUAGCUAAAAUAAAGGAACAUUUGUCAUUUCUUAAUUGAUUCCAAAUUAAAACUGAACAGUUUGAUUCGUGCUCUGUCUCUGAUUUAAUCUGUGUCCAAAGUAGAUCAUCAUCGGAAAAUGUCUUUCAGUGAGUGAAGCCCAUGAUUUAGAUGAACAUGGUUUAAACGGUCGUAAGAUGCUGGAUGUUAAAUGUCAACCUGUGUCGUUGAUGUGGAGAAGCUUAAACAUGUGCGCAUGUUCUUCCAGAUGUGAUUUUAGGUUGAUGUUAUUAAUGAUGAUGACGAUGGCCCUGGUGUUUAUUAUUUGUUUUUUUUCUAUCUUCUGGGUUUUGGAACUCUACAGUCUGAGUCUUUGCUGGUGUACGAUCGUCAGUUUCUUUUGAUCUUUGACACAAUGUUAAGGAUCUAUGCAUGACACCUGUGUCAGGUUUUAGUUUCGUUUUCAGUUUUAUUUUGAAAGGACUUAGGUUGUCAUACAUGUUUUCGUUCUAGUUCCUGUUUUACUUUUGUGGACUUUCUGUUUUCACCCAGAGCACACGUUUUGUUAUCUCCGGUUCAUUAAGCACACCUGCCAGUUGUUAGCAAUCAAACCCAGUAUUUAAGAUCCACCUCCUCCGGCACUCAGUUGCCAGAUUGUCGAGUUUCAUACCACUUUCCAGCAUACCAGUAUAGCUUACCCUGUUCAACGAUCACGUUUGUCUCUGACCGCCAAUCCCUGCCUGUCCCCUGACUGUACCUACGCCUGGAUCUCUUGGUAACAUUCUGAUUGUCUGACCACGCUUUCGUCUACUCCCUGUCUGUACCUCUGCCGAGCUUACUCGUUGCCGAAACCUUGCCUGCUUCUUUUGUGUCUUUAACCUGAGAUUUAUCGUGUAUGACCUGAUUGCCCUGACU